CCCAGAUCUUCACUAUGACCGAGUCAGAGGACCCCCAGCCAGUUUCCCAUCCAAGGAUUGUUCGUUAUGACCAAUACUUCGACUUACGAACAUUUUCCACGACUUUACGCAAAACCAAUAAAGCCGUUAAACGGUCAAGCAAAAAGUCUGUGUUGAUCGUGAGGCGAAUCAUCGAUGAGAAAGGACGGUACUCGCACACAGAGGUCGAUAUCCGGAGCCCGAUUCUUCUUCAAACAAUUCUGGAUCUCAAUGUGGACACGGAAGGGCUGUCUUUGACUCGCAAUAACCCAACUAUUAAAGCGAGAGAGCUCUUCCACACGCGAGGGAAGCUAAGAGGGAGGAUGCUUGAAGAAAUGAAAAAGACGGAACCAGACCAAGGCCUUAUUACGGACAUCGAAACCGUCUUCCAGUUCAUCGACGAGGACUACAGUGGGAUUCUCGGCGACUUGAACCUGCUCGCUCACAACGAGAUCUCUUACGACCUGCUCUGGGUCAUAUACCCUCCCAAUACUCUGAUCUACCGAUUCCAUUCCUUCACUGAGCAACCUCAAUUGUUGCUGGCGCGCAGCAUCGAGUACCGUCGCCGGCGCAGAGACGAUUCACCCUAUGCCCAUAUAGACUGCGACGUCGUCAACAAUGACGGGGACUCGUUUGGGUUGGCCCGGGAUGUGAUUGAGAUCGACCCCUUCCGCGGGACGCGUCGGAUCCGCGACCUGCCAGCGUGUCCUGUCGAUUAUCUCCCCAACAAGGAAGAGAUGCUCGCGCAUGCUCUGGAUCGAGGCAAGCGGCUCGUCGACAUCUCGUCUGCACCGUAUCGCGAGAUCAGCGGGCCCGCAAUGAAGGAGACGAUCAAUCAAAACUACGAGACGAGGCAAUUCAAGUUUUCUACCCACGGGCGUAUCAUGAUCGAUCCGGCAGCGUUCCGACUUUUCCAACCCAACUGCACGUACAACUUGGAGGUUCACCGGCAGCUCGAACGGGAAGAACUAUCCGAUGAGCAGCUGAUGAUCUGUACUCCUGUCGUGCUGGGUUUUUGUUUCGGGGUCAAGACCUGGGGCGGAUUUGCCAUGGAUCGGGUACGAGAUGUGAUGUGGUCCGACGAAGCCUUCCGGUCACUUGUGCUCGGCGCCAAACAGAAGAUGCUCAUUCACUCGCUCUUCAAAAGCCACUCAGCUCACAGCGCGACCUUCGAUGACAUCGUCCGCGGGAAGGGCAAGGGGCUGAUCGGGCUCUUCUCUGGCAGUCCGGGCUGCGGGAAGACGCUCACCGCAGAAGCGGUCGCUGAGAUGACUCGGCGGCCGUUGUACACUGUCAGCGCUGGGGAGCUCGGGACUGAGCCCAAAGAGCUCGACGCGAAACUGACGAUGAUCCUGGAGAUCGCCCAGACCUGGGACGCCGUUCUCUUGUUGGACGAAGCCGAGGUUUUCCUCCAGCAGCGAUCGCGUGGUGAUGUCACGCGAAACGCGCUGGUGUCUAUCUUCCUACGACAGCUGGAGUAUUAUCAAGGCAUUCUCAUCCUUACCACCAACCUGAUUGAACAAUGCGAUCCAGCGUUCGAAAGUCGUAUCCACUUCUCCAUCCACUACCCGGAUCUGGACCGCGCUUCGCGUCGUCAAAUCUGGCAUACGUUCAUCUCCAAAGUCACCAAAGAGCCGCACACGCGGAUAUCUUCUGAAGAUGUCGACCGUCUGGCGGGUCUCAAGAUGAACGGGCGCCAGAUCAAGAACGUCGUCAGCAGCGCUCAAUGCAUUGCGCUCGACGCAGAAGCUGAAAUGGGUGUCGAGCACAUCGACGCUGUCUUGGAAGUGAUUGACGAUUGGCAUUCUGCCAAGAGGGUGGAUGAAGAAUGAGUUUUAGUCUUGGACAUUGUGUUAUCGUUUUGACUGGUAGUGAGUUGAUCUGUGCAACCGCGGAGGCGAAUCGUGAAAGCAUUGGAUAGCAUUGCGAUGGGAAUACGGAAAACAAAUUAUGUGUAAAUUAUGACCUGUGAGUUGACAAUACAAAAUAAAAAAGUAGAAGGUACAUGAAGCAGGGUGAGCCCAAAGAUGUGCGUGAGUGUCCCCGUCGCCCGGCCUUGAGCAUGUGGUUUCAUGAGGCUUGAAGUAUAAUCCUAACGAACGAAUCCAUCAAUCUUGCUCGCUCCUCGUCACUGAGA